UGGCGGCCCUGCGCGGCGGCGCAGGUGGCGGCGGGCGCGGAGACCGCGGAGCUGGGGGAGGGCCCGGCCGCACCGGAGGGCCCGGCGACACCGGCGAGUCCGACCGCACCGGCGGGUCCGGCCCCGCGGACGCGGGCUUCUGAUCAUCAUGGCUGCAGUGGAUCGUUUCAGCCUCUUGUACAGAGAGAUCAGUCGUUCCUUCAGUUUUUACAUGGAGGCCCUGGCUGUCGUUGGAGCUUGCUACACAGUCAGAAAGUGUGUCUCUCUUGCAUUUGACACUUACAGCAUGCUUAGACUGCAUUUAAUUCCGAAGCUGGGCAGCAGGGUUGAUCUUGUCAAGCAGUAUGGAAAAUGGGCUGUGGUCACUGGUAGCACAGAUGGAAUUGGGAAGGCAUAUGCCGAAGAACUGGCAAAGCGUGGUGUCAACAUCAUCCUAAUCAGCCGAAACAAAGAGAAACUGGAAGCGGUAUCUAGAAGCAUAUCUGAAACCUAUAAAGUGGAAACGGAUUUCAUAGUAGCUGAUUUCAGCAAGGGGCGUGAGUCUUACCCAGCCAUUAAGGAGGCUUUGAAAGACAGAGAAAUUGGAAUUUUGGUGAAUAAUGUAGGAGUAUUUUAUCCCUAUCCGGACUAUUUUGCCAACCUAUCUGAGGAUGUGCUGUGGGACAUGAUCAACAUAAAUAUUGCUUCUGCUAACAUGAUGGUGCAUAUUGUGCUGCCGGGCAUGGUAGAGAAGAAGAAAGGGGCGAUCGUCAAUCUUUCUUCUGGAUCCUGUUGUCAGCCAACACCAAUGUUGACAAUCUAUGGAGCCUCUAAAAGCUACUUGGACUAUUUCAGUAGAGCACUACAUUAUGAAUAUGCCUCACAAGGAAUUUUUGUUCAAAGUUUAACCCCAUUUGUAAUUGCUACCAAAAUGGCAGCACGCAGCAGCACUGCAUCAAAGACAUCUUUCUUUGUACCUUCUGCUGAAGAAUAUGCAAGUCAUGCUGUUUCUACUCUUGGGUUAUCCACAAGGACUACUGGUUACUGGAAGCAUGCAAUAGAGUUCACUUUGGUUGAGUGCCUACCUGAAUGGAUCUGGGCAUGGUCUGCAAUGUAUUUUUUCAGAGCUAUACGCCAGAAAGCUUUAAUGAAAUAGCAAUAUCCAGAUGUUCCACAUAAUGAGUACUAUAUUCCGAUCAGAGUGCUGCAAAAUGUUAUAGUGAACCUCGGUGGGCUUACUGUAACUUAUCCAAACCUUGCUAAACAAGCUGUGUGUAAUCUAAUCGCCAGAAGUCUGGAUCCUCUCUGUAUCCUUGUAUUAAGUUGUUCAUCUGCUGCUUUCCUCCACCAUGAAAAGCUGAUCCUGCGAGGUUAAUCUCUGUUCAGUUUCUCUUCAAGGUAACUGGGCAGGAGUAGGUACAGUUUUAAUGCCGACAGUAAAUGACUGCCUCUUGCAUAGUGCUAUGUGAUGUCAGAUUGUGAAGCUGACAGAAUUUGGGAGUUCUCCAAAUCUGUCAGAAAUACAAAAAAAAUAAUCACGUUGUUCAAAAAGAC